AUGGUCAACAAACAUCCGACCUCUUGCAUCUCCCCUGAGAGAGAUAUCUCGUCACUAAGCGACCUUGAUCCAGAUCGUGUACAUAUAGAUACCAGCAGUUACACAGACACACACAGUCUCCACAACAUCCCGCCUAGGAAUUCUUUCCCAAGGCAUGGUGUGUCCCCAAAGGAGAACUGUUCUGAAGAGGCUUCCAGGAGUCAAGAGCCUAAUGGGCAGUGUGAUCCGACAAUCUCUCGCGUUGCGACAAGGCUCCCGCCGCUCAGCACCACAAAAACUUAUAACUCAAAACCAUCCAUCGACAAUCCGGAACAAACCAACAGGUUACUGCAACAGCGCCAGAGGACAUGUUCGACAACUCCAGUCACUGAAGACUGUAGCAAAUACACUGAAGUUUCCGACCCAAUUACCAACAGCCCAAUCCCGCAGCAGCAACAUCACCACCCUCAGCACUCAGAGCUCAAUACCAACACAGGUAUUCCCGUACUGCCUUACUCUCCAAAAACAACUCUUCAUCGGAGGAUUUCCAACAUCACCGUCGACUCUGGCAGGAGCUCAACCAGUGGAGCCGACGACGACAACGAAUGUCUUUGUGAAGAGGUGCACGAGAUCGAACUCGAGCUAAGCAACCAGCAAGACUCUAUCUCCAGGCGACACAGCAUAGCUUGUGUGGACGCUACCGGCCACCUUAACGUCCCCAUAUAUCCGGAGUUUUUGACAUCGUCAGAUCCACAAUCUCCGUAUUUAUCCACAACUUCUUACCCUCUUCAAGACUCCAACGACAGGGGGAUUAUUUCAUCUCCAUCUGCAGCAAAUCCGCUUGUCAAUGUGCGCCGCGCCCCAAAGAUUGUCUACAGCCAUUCUGAAGACAGACUGACCGCUUCCUGUGGACACCACCGUCCUAUCAUUCCGUCCUUGCCUUAUUCCCCUUACGGAUCUCCCACAGCGUCUCCGAGGCUCCGGCGACAACCCACCAUGGAGACACAUCGGAUAUCAGUGUCUGACGGCGAUGGGUACACGCAGCUAAAUCAAUACAAGCUCAAAGAUGAGAUCGGCAAGGGCUCCUACGGGAUCGUCAAGCUGGCUUACAACGAGCAGGAUGACGUACAUUAUGCAAUGAAAAUCCUGUCAAAGAAAAAACUGAUGAAGAAAGCGGGAUUUUAUCGUCGUGUACCGCCUGCACGGGCGGGACGAGCCAACUCCCGACCACCCAACCCCUUGGAGCGAGUGUACAGAGAGAUAGCUAUCCUGAAAAAACUGGACCAUCCUAAUGUGGUCAAGCUAGUGGAAGUCCUGGACGACCCGGAUGAGGACAAAUUAUAUUUAGUUUUCGAGCUGGUCGAGAAAGG